AUGACUUCAUCAGAUACUAAAUAUGGUAAUAAUGAUGAAACAAGCAAUGAUGAUUCUUCCGAUGAUAAUGGAGAAGUAAAGAAUGAUAUUGAAGACAAAUAUAAUGAUAUACUAUCAACUUUAGCAAGAGAUUCAAAUGACUUUUAUGUAGUUCAUAAUAUUGAAAGAAUAGAUAAACCUACACCACUUGUAUUCUAUCGUGAUUAUGUAGCUCAAAAUAAACCUGUUAUCAUUCAAAGUGUUGAGAUUACGGUUGCCAUCACACCCGAUGGCCUGGGUGAUGCCGUCAAGCCCAUAAACACCAUCGCUGAUGAAAAACAAGAAACCUCUUCGGAACAUCCUCCACCUCUCUACUUUGUCAAACCGUUAGAGAAAAAGAUGAAAUUUGAAGAUUAUUUAGACGCUACCCAACAAUCCGAGACAAACAACGAUUCAUCUAUACACUAUCUCCAAUUUCAAAAUGGUAGUUUUAAUUUGGAAUACCAACAACUAUGGAAUGAUAUAGAUCACAGUUGUAUAUCAUUUGCAUCGGAAGCAUUUGACGAGACAAUAGAUGCAAUUAAUUUUUGGAUGGGUGAAGAUCGUUCCAUUAGUUCUUUACAUAAAGAUCCUUAUGAAAAUAUUUAUUGGUAUUGGACAAGACAAUGCGAUGUUGUCGUAAGAGGAACUAAAAUAUUUACAUUGUUACCACCAACUGAUUUCCCAUUCCUUUAUGAAUCGGAAUUUAAACCUGCAACAUAUCAACAAGUAGACUCAUCAAUUGAUGGAAAACAAGAAUUAAAAGCAGUGUUGGAUGAAGAUCAAACACCAAUCCCAUGGAUACCAGUUGAUCCUACUCAUCCAAUAGAGGCAAAUAGGGCAAAGGGGUAUGGAAUGGUUGAAAGAUGUCAUCCAUUGCAUGUAGAGGUUAAAGAAGGUGAAAUACUUUAUCUACCUUCAUUAUACUAUCACAGAGUGGCUCAACGUGGUGAUGAUAAAGAACAUAAAACCAUUGCCAUUAAUUAUUGGUUUGACAUGAAAUAUGGUCCAAACUAUGUAUAUUAUCAAUUCCUUAGACAAUUUAACAAACCUUCUUAUCCAUCUACUAUUUAA